AUGACAGCCUAUCUCCAGCAUACCCACCACUUGCUUGCAACUUUUGACACUUAUCUCGUAAGCCAUGUGCCACGUUCUGAGAACAGUCAUGCUGAUGCCUUGGCUAGGCUAGCCUCGUCCUUGGAGCAGGGCAUAGGACGCAAUAUCCAUGUCGAGUUCUUGGAUCAACCCAGCACACAAGCACUACUCAUCUGUACCAUUGAUCACAGCCCUACUUGGAUGGACCCCAUCAUUCAGUUCUUGCAAAACCAAACACUACCUGCUGAUUCUGCUAAGGCACGGCGUGUUUGCUAUUGCUCCGCUCGAUACCUGAUCAUAAAUGGCACCCUAUACAAGCGUGGCUUCAACCUCACCUACCUUCAUUGUCCACCUCCAAAGGAAGGUGAGUAUGUCCUCCGGGAGAUUCAUGAGGGCAUCUGUUGCAAUCACUCAAGCGCUCGCUCACUAGCGCAUAAAGCCAUUAGGCAAGGAUACUUCUGGCCUUCACUUCACACCAAUGCUCAGGCCUUCACUUAG